CCGCAAAGCACAACAACCAAAUGCCCCUCUAUCUCCAUCCCCCAUUAUUAUUCCUCUCUCACCCCCUCACCCGAAACUCGUCUCCGUUAGCUUCGUUUACCUCCAGACCUCCGUGGACACCUUUCGGGAGCAAUCCUUUCCUUCUCUGCCAGCUUAUCAACUUCGGCUUUUGUUUAUUUCUAUAUCCACACCGCAACCAUGUCGCUCGCAUCUGGUGUCUCGAUCACCGAUGAGUGUCUCAACACAUUCAAUGACCUCCGUAUGGGCAAGAAGCUCAAGUUUAUCAUCUUCAAGAUCGCCGAUAACAAGAAGGAGGUUGUCGUCGAGGAAGCCUCUGCGGAACCCGACUAUGAGGUCUUCCGCACCAAGCUCGAUGAGGCCCGCGAUGCCAAGGGCAACCCAGUCCCUCGUUACGCAGCCUACGAUGUCGAGUACGAUCUCGGUGGUGGCGAAGGCAAGAGGAGCAAGAUCGUCUUCAUUUCCUGGGUUCCCAGUGACGCUUCUACUCUCUGGUCCAUGAUCUACGCCAGCACUCGGGAGAACUUGAAGAACGCUCUUAACAUCCCCACCUCCAUUCACGCUGAUGACAAGUCCGACAUUGAGUGGAAGACUAUUCUGGUCGAAGCUAGCGGCGGAAAGGCUGGUAAAUAAGUAACGGCGCCGGCUGGGCCCGGGCCAGGUGAGCUUUGUGUGUGCUGGUUAUUACACUGCGCCGCUCCGUUUCCAGUUCACGGAGUGUCUCGGAACGAAACAAUUCAAUGACAUUCUCCUGCACAAAUUCUAGUUCAAUAUGAGACCGUUACGACUUGUCUGCUUCCAUAGUGACCGUAUCAUCGUUUUGCGCGAUCGUGGCACUCUCCGUGACCGAACCUUUGGGGAGGGGGUUUCU